AUGUCCAAGCUCGCCGUGGCCACUGAGGCCGUCAAGGAGACCCUCGUUGGGACGCACGAGCCUGAGCAGCUCUCGGCCCACUCCAAGGCGCGCUUCAUCAAGCACGCUGUCAAGGAUGCCGAGAGUGGUGAUCUCUUCCUGGGCCCCGAUGAGUUCAUCAACGCCGUUGCGCCCAAGGGCGAGGAUUUCCACAAGAUCUCCCGCGACCAGUACUCCAUCCUGUUCAGCGUUGCUGACGCCAAGGGCGCCGGCAAGGUGAGCCUGGCCGACUGGGGUGUCUUUGAGAACCUCCUCAACAAGCCCGAUGCCGAGUAUCAGAUCGCCUUCCGCCUCUUCGAUGUUGAGCGCACCGGCUCUGUCAAGUAUGACGACUUCCGCACCCUGUACGAGCUCAACAAGGGCCCCGAGAACAUCGCCUUCGACUGGGACUCAGAUUGGGCCAAGAUUUACAUUGGUAGCAAGAAGCACCGCCACCCUCUCGACUACCAGCAAUUCUCCCAGAUGCUCCGCGGCCUCCAGGGCGAGCGCGUCCGACAAGCCUUCCACCAGCUUGACAAGGACGGUGAUGGCUUCAUCAACGGCGAGGAGUUUGAGCGCAUCAUCCGAGAGACUGCCCGCCACAAGCUGUCUGACCACAUCCUCGACAACCUCCACACCCUGUGCAACCUCUCGAUCGGCGCCAAGAUCUCUUAUGCCAAUGUGCGCGCCUUCCAGAAUGUCAUUGGCGGUAUGGAUCUCGUAGAGCUCAUCCUGCGCCGAGCCAUCGACAAGAGCGGCGACGGCAAGAUCACCCGCCCCGAGUUCCUCAACGAGGCCGCCAAGCUCACCCGCUUCUCUCUCUUCACUCCCAUGGAGGCCGACAUCCUCUUCCACUUUGCUGGUCUCGAUGAGCCUUCUGGCCGCCUCGGCCUUUCCGACUUCGCCAAGGUCCUGGACCCCUCAUGGCGCAACCCCAUUUAUGACGCUGUUGAGGCUACCAAGGCCAAGCUUGCUGGCGGCAGUCUCCUGUUCGGAGUUCUGAGCUCGGCCUAUAGCUUUGCCCUCGGUAGUGUUGCUGGUGCCUUUGGUGCCUUCAUGGUGUACCCCAUUGAUUUGGUCAAGACCCGACUCCAGAACCAGCGAAGUGCUCAGCCCGGCCAGCGGCUGUACAAGAACUCGAUCGACUGCUUCCAGAAGGUUAUCCGUAACGAGGGUGUUCGUGGUCUCUACUCGGGUGUUCUGCCCCAGCUGGUCGGUGUCGCUCCCGAGAAGGCCAUCAAGCUGACGGUCAACGACCUGGCCCGAAAGAUGCUCACUGACAAGAACGGCCACAUUCCCCUGUGGGCUGAGAUGGUUGCUGGUGGUUCCGCUGGUGGUUGCCAAGUUGUCUUCACCAACCCUCUCGAGAUCGUCAAGAUUCGUCUCCAGGUCCAGGGUGAGGUUGCCAAGACUGUCGAGGGCACCCCCAAGCGAUCGGCCAUGUGGAUUGUGCGCAACCUGGGUCUCGUCGGUCUGUACAAGGGUGCUUCGGCUUGUCUGCUCCGUGAUGUUCCCUUCUCGGCCAUCUACUUCCCCACAUACAGCCACCUGAAGAAGGACUUCUUCGGCGAGUCUCCCACCCACAAGCUCGGUGUCAUGCAGCUCCUGACUGCUGGUGCCAUCGCCGGUAUGCCCGCUGCGUACCUGACGACUCCCUGCGACGUCAUCAAGACCCGACUUCAGGUCGAGGCCCGCAAGGGCGAGGCGACAUACAACGGACUGCGACACGCGGCCAAGACCAUCUGGAAGGAGGAGGGCUUCACUGCCUUCUUCAAGGGUGGUCCCGCUCGUAUCUUCCGAUCUUCGCCUCAGUUCGGUUUCACUCUUGCCGCUUAUGAGUUCCUCCACACGAUGCUGCCCAUGCCUGGCACCAAGCCCGAGAAGAUUCCCACUGGUCUGGAGGCCGUUUCCAAGGCCAGCCUGGACACUAGUCCUUAUGGCCGCAGCCGCAACGCCCUCAAGGUCAUCCUCGACCUGGAUGAGGACUUUGGCAAGGUGAAGCUGCCCAAUGAGAAGGGCUGGCGAUCGCUGCCCAAGAUCAUGGGCGGUGGUGGUGCUCAGUAA